CGUCUCGCACGCCAACACCAAACCCUCGAGACAUCGUCUUCACCACCAACACAUAAGCUUUGCUGUGCCGCAAGAAUCUCUCCCCAGGAUCCGGAUUGAUACUUGCCCCAUGCAGCUUCCCGGACUGUGCAUACCAAAGUGAACAAGCACCCGACAACGCAGCGCUGCAACGUCAUCCCACCUGUGCACAUCCAUGCCUUCGACGCGACCUCGGACAGCGUGACCGCUCUAUUGCUGCCCGAAGAACAAUUGCAGCACCAAGCAGGAACCACGUAGCCAGCUAGCGACACGAGAGUUCCAUACUCAGCGCUAGCUUUGCAACCGACAGCUGACUGCGCAACCCACACCACCGAGAGAGACCAGGCCUCUCCGCAGCCAUACCUCUCCAAAAAGCCCGCCCAGUGGCGGCCUACUCAGAGCUGUCCACCAUGACGACGCAGAUACCCAUGAUAUCGGUGCCCCUGAAGCAAACCAACGAGAUCGAUUGGGUCGCCCCGCUGAAGGGCUACAUACGCGCAACCUACGGCGACGACCCAGAGCGCUACUCCGAAGAAUGCGGUACCCUGAACCGACUGCGACAGGACAUGCGCGGGGCGGGAAAGGAUAGCGCUGCUGGAAGGGACUUGCUCUACAGAUACUAUGGCCAGCUGGAGUUGCUAGACCUGAGAUUCCCAGUCGACGAGAACCAUAUCAAGAUUAGCUUUACAUGGUUCGAUGCCUUCACGCACAAACCAACCUCCCAGUACUCCCUCGCAUAUGAGAAAGCAUCCAUCAUCUUCAACAUCUCCGCCGUCCUAUCCUGUAACGCCGCGCAUCAGAAUCGCCAUGAAGAUGUUGGUCUCAAGACUUCGUACCACUCGUUCCAGGCCUCGGCUGGCAUGUUCACAUACAUCAACGAGAACUUCCUACACGCGCCAUCCACAGAUCUGAGUCGCGAGACGGUCAAGACACUGAUAGCGAUUAUGCUGGCACAAGCGCAAGAAGUGUUUCUGGAGAAGCAGAUUGCGGACGGGAAGAAAGUUGGCUUGCUAGCCAAGCUGGCCAGCCAGGCUGCAUUUCUGUAUACCCAAGCUACGGAGGGCGCGCAAGAGAACGUUACAAAUGCAGUGUUUGAGAAGGUCUGGCUGUUAGUUUGUCAGAUCAAAUCGCACUUCAUGGCCUCUUUAGCACAAUACUACCAGGCACUUGCUGACGACGACGCGAACUCGCAUGGCGUAGCCAUUUGCAGGCUCCAAGUUGCGGAAGCAAACGCCAAAGACGCAAAUCGGGCAGCGAACGGCUUUCCGUCGAACACACCAGCGAACUCGAAUUUGACCGCAGAAACUGGGGCUUCACUGGCUGAGAUGACAAAGAAGCAUCUAACAAAUGUUCAAGAAAAACUGGCUGAAUUGUCCAAAGACAAUGACUUCAUCUACCACCAAGGCAUCCCGAAUGAGGCAGCCCUGACACCGGUCCCGAAGCUACCAGCAGCGAAAGCGAUACCCGUCAGCGAACUAUACCAAGGACAAGACAUUCAAAGAAUUAUCGGGCCCGACAUUUUCCAGAAGAUUGUGCCGCUGGCUGUAACCGAGUCUGCAAGUUUAUAUGAUGAAGAGAAGGCGAAGCUGAUACGAGCCGAAAGCGAGCGUGUCGAGGUUGCAAACGAUGAGAUGGCGGCAAGUCUGGACUACUUGAAGCUUCCGGAUAGCCUCAACGUGCUAAGAGGAGGCAUGGACCAGGAUAUGAUGGUCGACGAUGACUUCCGACAGUGGUGCGAGGAGCUCGCAGGCCACCAGCCCUUCACCACAGCUUUUGACCAGCUCAGCACUGAGAAAUCGGAGAUUACAACCAUGCUUGACGCAAGUAUGAAGCAGCUUGAUAUGGAAGAGAGCGUUUGCGAAAAGAUGCGGUCCAAGUAUGGACCUGAAUGGACACAACAGCCGAGCUCACGGUUAACGGCCACAUUGAGAAGUGACAUCAGAAACUAUCGAGGCGCGGUUGAAGAAGCGAGCACAAGCGAUGCACAGCUGUAUAGCACCUUUCGACAAUGCGAAGCGGACUUUGACGAGAUGCGAUCAGCUGGCGAGACAGAUGAGGCAGAUGUGUUGUACUCGAGAGCAAUGGUCAAGGCAGGCGCAACGAAAGGCAGGAGUCCAAGACCAGCAGAAGGCAACCUUAUCGAUGACGAUAUCGAUGAUGGCCCAACUGUUGCAGACCAGAUCGGAGCUGUUGAAGACUUGCUGCGGAAACUGAAUCUUGUUAAGAAAGAGAGGACACAGAUACUGAAAGACCUCAAAGACAAGGUCCACUCUGACGACAUCUCCAACGUCCUCAUUCUUAACAAGAAAGCGAUCGCAAACCAGGAAUCACAACUUUUCAAGGCUGAGCUCGAGAAGUUCCGGCCGCACCAGAACCGCGUCUUACAAGCCAACCACAAGCAGGCAUCGCUUCUAAAAGAGCUAACACGCACUUAUUCGGACUUGCUAAAGGAUAAGCGCGUGCGAUCUGAGCAGAGCAAAUACGAAGCCUACUCGAGGCAGAGAAACACGGUUAUGACAAAGUAUCGAAGAGUGUAUCAGAGUUUCAACGACCUCGUGGCCGGCCUUUUGCGCGCUCAAAGCUUCUAUUCAGAGAUGAAGGACACUGUAUCAAGUUUGCAGAAGAAUGUCGAAACCUUCGUAAACAAUAGACGGUCAGAGGGCGGGCAGCUGCUCUCAAAGAUUGAGCAGAGCAAGUCACAGGGCGCAGAUCAAGAGCAACAGCGUUUGAAAGACCUCAUGGAUCGUAUGUCCGUAGACCCCUCAAGUUCACCAGUCUCACAGGGUGGAGCCCGCAAGAAGAAUAUACCACCGCCACUAUCCUCGACACCCGCCUACUCCUCAUCCGGUCCCGGCCACCCAGCGUACAACCCUGCUGCCUCACCGCCCGUGACACCGCGUUAUCCCAUGACCACAGCCCCAGGACAGCAAGCCUAUAUGUCGCCACAGCAAUCAUUCGGUGGUUCCUCAAAUGGUUAUCAGCCGGCACCACCACGACGAGAUAGCUAUCAACAGUAUCCGCAGUCUCAACACCAACACCAGUCGUCACAUUCUUCGGUGUACAACCCAGCCAUACACAAUCAGUACAACCCUGUUUCGCCCCCCGCGCACCAGCAAUUUUUCUCUCCGCCGCCACUGCCACAGCAGCAGCAAUGGGCUCAGCCCCCGAGUCAGCAACAGUGGGCUGGUGCGCCGCAACCUAAUUUACCUCAGGGAUAUGUACCGCCCCCGCCGCCACCAGGACCGCCGCCGAGCCAGAAUGUGGAUUAUAGUCACUUUUCGCAGGGAGGGUAUCCGAGUGGGCCUGGAGGCUAUUCUAGUGCACAACGGCAGGGCAGUCAAGGAGGACAGCAGGGGGGGCAACAGGGCGGGAAUGAUCCUUGGGCGGGGUUGAGUGGGUGGAAGUGAAGGGUUCUGGAGAGCACAAACUUGAGCCGAAGCAAUUACAGACGAUCAAUUUAUAUGGCUUUGGGAGUCCGGUUGCAAAUCUUCGAACUUAUGCACACUUAUUCAGCACAGCGUGGAGGGAGAAUAACGCGGCAUUGGAGGCAUGUUGUAGCAGCGGGUGGUAGGAAUAGGAUAUGCAUAGGUGUAUAUAUUGGGGACGCAUACAGGCAUAUUUUCAACCACAUACUUUGCUAGUUCAGCUAUCUCGCAGUGAAUCCCUCCCUGACCCCUUAUCAACUCACCAUCAACGUUUUCCAACUAGGCAUAUCCAACAUCUGCAUCAGCUCUUUCGUUAGUGCCUGCUCACAUCCAACUCUGCACCCAAACACACUACCUCCAACACCGAUAACGAACGAACAGAUUUCCCACCUGCUUA